AUUUUGAACAUGGAUAAAAGAAUAAACGAGUAUUGACUAUUAUUCUAAAUAAACUCUUUUAGCUGUUUUUUGGUAUCUUCUCUCACAUUAACCAUGAUAGGAAAUUAAAUUGUUUAUCAUUUCUUCAUUAUUAUUAUUUUUCCAUAUUGUAUUUAUAAGAUUUAAAUGGUGUGAUUUUUUAUGAUGGUGUUAUUUCAAUGCGAUUUAGAUUGAAGCUGCAUCAAUUACAUUUUACUAUAAUUGUUUGUAAUAUCAAGAAUCACUUAAAGAUAAUAUAUAAGGUGACAAUAUAUAUCUAAGAAUUAGACAUGUUUUGUAAGAGAGAGAACAUGGAUGAUUUCAAGGAAGAUAAUGGUUAUGUGGAAAUUGAUCCAACUGGUCGCUAUGGAAGGUUUGGAGAUGUUCUUGGAAAAGGAGCAAUGAAGACAGUGUACAAAGCAAUUGAUGAAGUCCUUGGUAUAGAGGUAGCAUGGAACAAGAUCAGACUCAGUGAGGUACUUAACACGCAGGACGAUUUGCAGCGCCUUUACUCGGAAGUUCAUCUCCUAAGCACUCUCAAGCAUCACUCCAUCAUAAGAUUCUUCACAUCUUGGAUUGAUAUUGAUAACAAGGCCUUCAACUUUGUUACAGAAAUGUUCACAUCAGGAUCAUUGAGAGAAUACCGAAAGAAAUAUAAGCGAGUAAGCGUACAAGCAAUAAAGAAUUGGGCGCGCCAAAUCUUACAAGGACUAGUUUAUUUACAUGGCCAUGAUCCACCAGUAAUUCAUAGGGACCUUAAAUGUGACAACAUAUUUGUCAAUGGACAUCUUGGACAAGUGAAAAUUGGUGAUCUUGGACUAGCUGCAAUUCUUCAAGGUUCUCAAUCAGCUCAUAGUGUUAUAGGCACGCCCGAGUUCAUGGCGCCAGAAUUGUAUGAGGAAGAAUACAAUGAACUUGCUGAUGUUUACUCAUUUGGCAUGUGUGUGUUGGAAAUGCUUACAUCUGAUUAUCCAUAUAGUGAAUGUUCUAAUCCAGCACAGAUUUACAAGAAAGUGACAUCGGGGAGGCUACCGAUGGCGUUUUUCCGCGUUGAAGAUGCGGAAGCAAGGAAGUUUAUUGGAAAAUGUUUAGAACCUGCAGCGAAGAGACCAUCGGCGAAAGAUUUGUUGCUCGAACCCUUUCUUUCGGCCGAUGAUUCUUUGUCUGCAAUGAAGCUUGCAAUUCAGAAGCCAUUUUUGAAUGACAGUGAAAUGGAAAAACUGAAAUUGAGUGAUGAAUUUCCAAGGACUAAAAUGAAAGUAAUAGGGAAGUUGAAUCCUGAAGAUGAUACUAUCUUUCUCAAAGUUCAAAUUUCUGAUCAGAAUUGUUCUGUUAGGAAUGUAUAUUUUCCCUUUGACAUUCUCACAGACACUCCCAUAGAUGUUGCAAUGGAGAUGGUAAAAGAAUUGGAGAUUUCUGAUUGGGAUCCUUUUGAUAUUGCAAAUAUGAUUAAUAGAGAGAUAUCUGCUCUGCUACCAUAUAGAUGGCAAAAUAAUUAUUCAGAUUCCUACAACACAUUCAGUUACCAAGAUGACGACGGCGAAGAUGAACCUCAUUUUCGUCUCCGCUCGUUCUCUUCAUGUUCAUCGUUGCAAGAAUCGAUACCAGAUUUAGUCAGUAAAGUUGAGGAAAUAUCUCGCGGAUAUUAUUCGCUCCAUGAUGAUUUGCAUGAUGAUAACAGUUCAAGAUGCUCUUCACAAGGGACAUAUUCCAAUUGGAACUACUAUUCUAUGGAUGAUCAAGAACACAAUAACAAUGUAGCUUCUAUAAGAAAAGAUAAGCUUCCCAUGAUAAAGAACCAACAGGGCACAAGGUUUUCACCUGGUGAAGACUUGAGCAAUUGCAACAAGAAUCCUUCACCUAGUAAUAGUAAGAUGAUGAUGGAAAACAGAAAACUAACACGAAACAGGUCACUGAUUGAUACACGAAGCCAAUUGUUACAUAGAUCAUUGGUUGAGGAGUUGUACAAAAGAAGACAAUUCAAAACAAUUGGUGCUGUGGAGAAUAUUGGAUUUCAGUCACCUUAUGAUGUUUCUACAAAAUAUUCAUAGCUUUGUUUUAUUAACAACAUUUAAGAGGAGUGUGGUAAGGGACAAACAAAUUAAAGAGACAUAGUAAUAUUUAGAAAAUGCAUAGUCUUUUGUGUUAUGGAUUUGUGAAAAUUAUCAGGUUUAUUUGUUAUGUGGUUAUCAUAUUUUCAAUUAAUGAUUUGAAGGGAAAAGUGUAUCUUAAA